GCUAGACUGGCUUACCAAGUACCACAGUGUCCACUACCCAAACCUCCCACAGGACGUCACCUGCAUCAUCGGCCACGCUGACAUCACAGAUACGGCGGCACGAAACAUCUGGGAACAGCGCUAUCCACAGGCAGACCUCAUGACGUUCAACCACGUCAUACCCGAGGAUACAGAGUUCUUCAAGGGAGGUCAGAAGGCCAUGAAAGCAAGGAAGAAAGAGAAGAAUAUUCUUCAUAACUCCAACAAUGCAAAGGUAACUUUCUCGGUGGGCAGGCGAAUCUUCGACCACUACAAGACCAAGUACAGAGGAGAAAAGAAACCACAGAGUCACCACAUCUUUCUCCCGAAGCCAUCCCACAUGUUCCUUGCCAUCGAUGUGAAUCCUGUAGACAAAGACUCAGAGAAGGUCGUCCUGUCCAUCGGCAGGGUGAGGAAGGUGGAGAAGCUGAAAGGUCAUGACCUCAUAGCACAGUCCAUGAGGAAAGUGGUGAGGAUAAUCAAGAAUGUCCGUUGGGCCGUGCGUGGCAUCAGCGAGGAUGAUUGGGAGACGAGCCUGAAAAUCCUGGAGGACAACUUGAACAGCCCCGAUCUGAAUCCCACCCUCCUGCCGUACGGAACCCAGGAGGACAUCAGGGACGACAUGAUGACAGCCCACCUGGUCCUGAUGCCGUCCCGCUCUGAGCCGUUCGGACUGGUCGGCCUGGAGGCCAUCGCGGCGGGCAUCCCCGUCCUCAUCUCCGACAAGACCGGCCUGGCAGGGAUGAUCCUCGACCUGAUCAAACAGAAGAAGCUCAGCGCAGAGCACAGGCACGUCAUCGUGGAGACCAGCGUGAAUGACUUCGAUCGAGCCGGAGACGCGAAGAGGUGGGCAGACAGAAUCGUGGACAUCCUCAACCACAGCGACUCGGAGUUCGCGAAAGCCGCCCGGUUGAAGCGGGAGCUGGUGGAGUCCAGGUACUGGGAGGAAUCCCACCGCACCUUCCUGCAGGCCUGCGGCAUCCCGGCUGGAGCUGCAGAUCUGUAGAGGUUAGGGGGCAACAGUGGGAGCGGCGAUGCAGCAAUCGUUCUGACCUGACUGAGACAAAUGGGCCGACCGGAUGCAGUAAGAGCUCACGGGGACCCUUAAGCCUGGCAAGAACUCAUGAUGUCAUCACUGAAGUGAGAUACUUCAAGUGAUAUUCAACCGGAGUACAAGCAGAAUUAGGAAGGAUCUACUGAGACUCCGUUUGACAGAUAUAUAAAACUUCCUAUGGGAGUAGUUUGCGUGAAUUA